CCUGACGUCAGCUUUAUAUGCCUUUGCUGUGCUCACAAAAAAAUAUAAUCAUGUCCGAAAAGUCAUCUGUCGCUAUAAUGUCAUUCCCGUGAAUCGAGACAAUUAAAGUUCACAUUUCGAUUGGACUGCUCGUUUAUAAACUGACUGUAUUUCAGUAAAAAACAUGUGCCAAGUGGAGAGACUGUAUUGCUUGAAUGCUAACGUUACCCAUGGUGUUUUUUCCACAUAGGCCCUGCAAGCGAGCCCACCGUCUGUGAGAAGGCUGAAGUUAGUAGUUACAAUCCAAUUUCCCGCUGUGAUUUAUGAGUAACGAAGUCGGCGAAAGAUGGACACAGACAAAUUUAACUAUGUCUACAGUUGUGACUUGGAUAUUAAUGUUCAACUGAAAAUAGGCAGCUUGGAGGGCAAGAGGGAGCAGAAGAGCUUACAAGGCGCUGCUGCAGGAUCCCAUGCUCCGGUUCUCUGGCCUUUACCAGGAGAGCUGCUCAGACCUCUAUGUUACCUGUCAAGUGUUUGCAGAGGGCAAGCCUCUGGCGCUGCCCGUACGCACCUCCUACAAGGCCUUCAGCACCUGCUGGAACUGGAAUGAGUGGUUGAGGCUGCCAGUGAAGUACCCAGACCUGCCCCCAGAGUGCCCAGGUGGCCCUAACGGUGUGGGAUGUGUACGGGCCGGGCCGAGCCACCCCUGUGGGGGGAACCACCGUCACCCUCUUCUGCAAAUAUGGAAUGUUCCGGCAGGGGAUGCAUGACCUGAAGGUGUGGCAUGGGGUAGUGGGGGAUGGAGGGGAGCCCACCAGCACCCCAGGUAGGACCAGCAGCAGUCUAGCAGAGGACCAGAUGGGAAGACUGGCCAAGGUAGUCACAGGGUCAGGGGUCCCCUGGAGGUUUGUGUGUGUGUGUGUGUGUGUGUGUGUGUGUGUGUGUGUGUGUGUGUGUGUGUGUGUGUGUGUGUGUGUGUGUGUGUGUGUGUGUGUGUGUGUGUGUGUGUGUGUGUGUGUGUGUGUGAGAGAGAUUGACAUGAUGCACUGCCAACUUCUGCUCACUGCAAGAAUGGAGAAAACUAAACCCGGACUGUGCGUUAGCAUUUUGUAUAUAUUCUGUAUAUUAUUGAUUCAACAUAUGAGAUGUAUGGCCAAAUAAAACCCUGUUGCUACGGUAUAACCCUGGUGUUGCCUUGUCUCUGUGUAUAAUACCAGGCUGUGUGUGAGGCUUGCGUGUUUCGGGGCGUUUACACCUGGCAUCCAUAAGUAUCCUGUGAUUGUGUCCAUAUAUUGAUUCUGCAGACAGGUGUAGAUGGUUAAAAGACGCAGCGCCUCGAUCUAAUGAUGAUCAGAUCCACCGACACAGUUGAUGAUACUCUAGCAGAGACGGCUUCAGCUGACACAUAAAUUAGACCUUUUCGAGAAAGGUCACCAUGUUGAACACCACAUAAAUCACUAAUCCAACUUCACCUCAGUGGCAGAGCAAGCCAGCAUACACCAGUGGGGAGCCGAGCUACAAGGCGUCCAUCUUGGAUCAAGUUUCCACUCAAUUGACUGCAAAUACAGCAGGACCCAUAAAAAGCUCAUCCAAAAACCUCAGUUCAAGGUUAGAUGUGAAUUCUCUGUUGGACGCCUGUGGAAUAACGUUACAGCUAUGUGAUUGGCAGGCAGACACACACUGCUUAGUUUGGAUUCACUGGCGGUCCAAAAUUAACCUAACAUCAAUCAAAAUCCCCGACACAGUUCUAUGAAUAUGAGUGUUCCAGAACGGAGGAGGAUUUGAAUGGGGCCACUGUUUUCACUCCACCAUCUUCCAUGCCUCUCCUCCGUCUCCUCUCACUCUUUCUCCCACCCCCCUGGGUUUCCUAAUGUACCAGAAAAAGUGCACCACCAGCAAAAGUGAUGUGUAUUCCCCCCCCACCUCCCCCCAGGAAUGAGGUGUCAGACACGGGUAAAAGACAGCGGGUCAGGCCAGAGGUAGGAUGGGGCAACAGUGAGUCAGAAGCAAGGCAGAGCGAGAGCCAGAG